GCCACAGUCGGCGAUGGAUGCUAUGGCGGAGCUGCCGCUGCCCGCCGGGCUCAGCGCCCGCACCUUCCCCGCCAAGCUCUGGCGCCUGGUGAACAGCCCCCGCGUCCGCUCCGUGCGCUGGGACAGCCGCGCCCAGGGGCUGCUCAUCGACCGCUGCCUCUUCGAGCGGGAGCUGCUCAGCUCGGGCCGCGCCCACAGGGGCCGUGGCCAUGGGCCGGCCCCGGUGCCGCACACCUUCAGGGCCACGCAGUUCCGCAGCUUCGUGCGGCAGCUCUACCGCUACGGCUUCCACAAGGUGCCGGGCUGGCUCGGCUCGGCUGCGCCGGGCGAUGCCGGGGCCUGGCUCCACUACAGCAACCCCCGCUUUCGCCGCGACCGCCCCGACCUCCUGCUCCGCAUCAGGCGCCGGAGCGCGGCCAACAGGCAGCGGCCGGCGGCGGGCCGGGAUGGCCGCAGGCGCCCGCCCUGCGGCUCCCAGCAGCUCCCCGGGGCGCGGCCGCUGCCGGACGGGCGGCACGGGCGCGCUCGCUUCACGGCGCUGCCCAGGGAGCGGCCGCCGCUGCCGGCCGGGCGCCCGCCCAGCGGCUUCCUCCUGCUGCACAGGGACCGGGCGCUGCCGGACGGGCGGGAGCUGCGCCGCCCCCGGCCCGGCCGCCUCCAGCAGCCCCCCGGGGAGCGGCCGCUGCUCGCCCGGCGCCCGCCCUGCGGCUUCCACCUGCUGCACAGGGAGCGGCCGCUGCCGGCCCCGCGGGAGGGGCCGAGCCCCUUCCAGGAGCUCUACGGGGAGCGGCCGCCGCCCGCCGAGCGGGACGUGCUCGCCAUCCAGCCCUGCAGCUUCCAGCAGCUCCACAGGGAGCAGCAGCCCCCAGCCUACGACGCACGAGCCACCCCGGGCACUUCAGGGCCCAGCGCUCCACCCGGCAGUGCAGCCUGUGCAGCAUGGACGGCCUCCAGCUCAGCACAGAACGCACCUGGGGAGGAGGAAUGGCCGCCAGCAGAUCUGGGCCUUGCUGUAGAGAACAUGAUUCGGGAGAUCAGGAGGUCCCUGUCUGAAAGAUCUCCCUCUGUGCAGGGCAAUGUUGGUGUUGCCCCUGAUUCUCCAGGAGGAGACCCUGUGAACAGAGCUGCAGCAGAGGAAGCUUCAUCUGGCACCGAGAGCUGCAGGAGCAGUUCCCAGGAGCCUGGUGAGGACAGAGCCCACACUGGUUUAGAGAGCU